AUGUCUUCUUCAAAUAUCCCUUCUAAAAAUGAAAUAAAUGAUACCGUGAGUUUUCAAAAUAUUAGUAAAUUGAUACAGAGUAAAAGGAGACUGCCGUUUGUGAAUGAUAAGUUAAGUUGGGUCGAGUCAAGUAAAUGCCUUCAAUAUUUAACAACCAUUGACCCUGAUAAAAUACCGUCAACACGGAGGGAAUUGUUUAUGUCCUUUUUAGUUUGUUCAGAUAUAUCAUUCGAAUUUGAAGUCGUAAUAACAGACAAAAAAGUACAUAGUAUAUUAUACAAUAUUUUACCCCAAUGUGAUUUUACAACAAUUAUAACGGUGUUUAGAGCAAUGUUCUCUCAGUUUCUUAAUGAUCCAACAAGGUAUAGGGAAGAAUUCCUUCAAUUCCUCGAAUUUUUAAAUAAAAAACAUCUUUUAUUGAAUAUUUCCAUGUAUUAUUUGGAGACAAUAGCUAUUGAUGAUCCUAAAUUGACAGAAUGUUUGAAUUUCUUAGGUUUAUAUUUAACAACUAUCCUAUCAUUAACAGAAUAUAGACCUGCUCGAUUAAGUAUCUUAAUAUCAGAGUUAUAUUUUGAAAUGAUUAGAUGCCAGUUCACAAUAGUAAUCACUCAAUUAUUGUUACAAUCUGACAACAGUAAAGCUAGACAUAAUAUUAUCCAACAAAUAAUUAAUCAAAAGAUUGAUAUAUCUAAUUUUUUAGCUAGGACAAAAUUAGAGGAUUGCAAAUACGUUGAGGAUAAAUUAUCACAAAUUAUUGAAGAAUCUAUGGAUGGAGACCAGGAUCUGAAGAGUAAACUAGAUAGUAUUCAAAAUUUGACUGUUGAUGCCUCUGAAUUAAAUUUGUUGCAAGUAUUAGAUGUAAUUGUAUUCCUGAAGGAACCAGAUUUAACAUUUAAACGGAUAUUUAUUGAACAUUUACUCUUUGGAGGAAACCCAUUCCCAUUUUAUAAAGCAGUCUCUAGAAUCUCUGCCGAGCUUCAUGAAUUCUUUAUUCAACAUCAAUCAGAAGUCAAAGAAAAACCGUAUUUAAUAUCAUUUAUUAUGAACAAGGAGUCAUUUUUAGAAAGUAUCAUGAAAGUGCAAUUGAAAGUAUGGAUUGAAUCUGGUUCAAAAUCAAAGGAAGAUAUAGAGUCUGUAUUUAUGUUGAUCCCAGUCCUAUUAGAAAAAUUAGAUGAGGUUUUACAAGCAGUGUAUGGAACCGUCCCCUUAGAUGAACUUCCAAAUAUUGUUAACGAUUUUAUAAAAUCGAUAGACUAUAGAAAGGCAAGGGACUUUCAACUUGUAAGAAUGAGACGGACUCAAUUAGAUAAAUGGGAAAAGCAAAUGGUCGAAUUUGAUUCGAUAUUAUUAAAUCAAGUUCAUGAUUUUGUGAAAAACCAAAGACUGAUACGUCUUCAGAAGGGUGUUUGGGUAUACUCUCAGAACCCAACAGAUACAUUGCUCAAGGUUCCAAAACUUUAUUUUACCAUUAUAUCUGACAAUCAAUCAAAUCUACUGGUUAGAGAAUUUGAAACUAAGACAGAAACACAACCUUACGUGGAAGGAAUGAAAAUUGUAAGCAGGACCGCAACACAUAUACAACCUUUACAACAAUCUGUCACUCUUGUCAUACCAUUGAAUUGUAUUUCACAUUUUGAAAGUAAAGAUGUAUCUGUAAAGUCACAACUGGGGAAUUCUUCAACAAAGUUAGUUAAUUUAGGUCAAAUUGUUGGUUAUACUAAAGUUAAAUUACUUGAUAAAAAUAGAAAACGACUUUUAAAGGUGUAUCUGGAUACGAAAGAAAAGAAAUCAAUAUGGCUUGAUGGUCUCCAACUGCUUUCACCUUAUGAUGUUAAAGAAAAUUUAUCAGCCGAUACAAAGAAACAACAGAAUGAUUUGAUUUCACUGAGGAAAGAUGUUCAGAUGGUGAAUCUACAUACUAGGAUUGACUUAGAUGCAACUGUAGGUCUUGGUGAUGAUGAUGAUGAUGAUGAAUUUUAUGAUCUUGAUACAUUAAUGAACUUACCAAUUCAUAAUUAUUAUGAAUAG